AUGACGGGAAAUGCGGAGAGCUCGCGCUGUCCGCAUUGGCCGGCGGUGGCGGUGGUGAUGCCCGUGCGCGGCUUUCACGCGCACACGGCGAGCAACUGGGCGACGCACAUCACGGCGGAUUACGCGGGCCCCGUGGAGUUUCUCAUAGUCGUGGAGAGCGAGGCGGACCUCGCGUACCGCGAGGCGUGCAAGCUCGCAGCGCGAUUCAACGCUGCGCAUAAACUGGCCGGCGUCACUGCCACCCACCCGGAAGCAGAGUUUGUCCUUUUCCUGGACGACGACGCGAGAAUGUACCCAGAGGCGAUCACCUACCUCGUAACAGACAUGCUUUGCCGACCCGACACGUUCCUUGUAACCGGGUACCCGUUUGACAUUCCGAACCCGGGGUCGCUGUUUUCGUACGCGGUGUUAGGGUUUCAUCUGGUCCCUUUGGUUAAUUUUUCCUAUGAUGCCGGCACGGAGUAUAUCUGGGGCGGGUGCAUGAUGCUCAGGCUGGGGGAUUUCCGAAGCAACAGGCUCGGCAUGGUGGAUGUGCUUCGGCAGGGAGGGUACUCGGAUGACAUGACGCUGGGGGCAUUCUGGAGCUACCUGCGGCGGCAGCUGUUCGCACUCACCACGUACUUCUCCCCACUCAACCGCCGCCUCAACCUCUGGCUGCUGCUCAUGGGCAUGGCCUUUAGCUCUGUCAUGGUUGGGUCGAUGGCCGUCUCGCUCUCGUUCCUGGUGCAGUAUUUGCUGCCUUGCGUGGCCGGUUCUGCUGCGUGGGUUUUCCAGAUGGUUGGGUCGUUUGGGGCUGCUGCUCCUGUGUGUGAGGUUCCUGUGGUCGGUGUGGCUUCUCACUCGCACAGCUUCACCUUGCUUCGUUUGCCCUCGCCUCUCUCGCCCUCCGUGCAAUGA